UUUUGUUGUUCAUUCCAGCUUGGUGUUUUUGUUCUUCCUCCCCUCUCCCACAUACCCGUGUCUUCAACCCACCACAUCCACCAAGACACACGGACACGCACGGACACGCACGGGCACACACGCACGCGUCUGCCGCCAUGUCGGAGCACGAGGUACACAGCGGGUACCUGAUCAAGUCCCCGCCGCUGAACACGCUGCUGGACGUCAGCUUCAAGCGCUGGAAGCGGCGAAAGUUCACCCUGACAGAUCGCGCUUUCGCGUAUGACACGGGCAAGGGCGUGAAGGAGAUCCCGCUGUCGCAUAUGACGGCAAUCAACCGGUGUAGUGGGGGCAAGUACGACUUCAUGUUCAGCAUCUCCACCACCCUGAAGAACAACCGUGUCUACUUCUUCUCUGCAGACUCUGCCCAAUCCAGAGACUUGUGGAUCAAGCACCUCACUGAGCAAACCGGGUUGAAGUGCGGCUCCACAUCUGACCCUUCAGUGGACCAGCCCGCAACGUCCUCCUCCACAGACUACUUCAAGAAGCGCAUCUCUGUCACGUAUGGAGAAGCUCCGUUUGAGUUGGAGGUGCAGCAGUAUGCCAUCAUGCUCUUUCCAAAGGGCUCAAAGGAGGUGUACAAGAGCUUCCAGCUGAAGCACCUGCGUCAAUACGCCCAGCAGGACAGAAUAUUCAAGCUUGAGGCUGGGAGCCAGUGCCCCUAUGGCGCUGGCUGGACCUCCGUGACCCUUCCGCCGGGCGUAUGCAUCGUCCCAGCCGUGAACCAUGCAUCGCAGCUGACGCGGGAGUCCAUGCGAACACAGAGUGCAUCGUCCAUCAGCACAACCACCAGCUCCUCCUCAUCCAUCACCGUCCCGCCACCUCGCAAGUUUGUGGUGCAUGAAGAGGAGAGCGAUGGGAUCGAGCGUGGGGUGGACGGCCGCCCCAAGAUGAACUACGUUGACCUCGACCUGGUCGGCUCAGCAACAACAAGAAAAACAGCAACAGCAACAGCAGCAACGACAGAGCACAGGCACGACAGCAGUGCAAGUGACAGCAGCAGCGUCGCAAGCACGCAUGACGAUUACAACAAACACGACAGCGCAUCUCCAACUCCGGCCACCGCCACCACGAGCGAAGGCGACACGCGGCCACCAUCCAUGCCGGUGGCGAAUGCAGACAAUAACACAACCGAGGAAACAUCCACAUCACCACAGCCGCCAGCAUCGUCAUCACCGUCGCCGCCAACGACCACAGCAGCGGGUGAUGGCAACAACACGACAGCCACGACGAUGGUGAAUGAAGCAUAUGUGUCGAGCGAUGUGUUGGAUGGUGCGGUUGGCGUCAGCGCGUAUUCAACGCUGGACUGGGACAAGAUGGAGGCCCUCAGAAUCGCAACAGAGAUGCACUCUCCUGUGAAGCGGAGCACAGCACCACCGCCCACGCCGGCAGCAACGAAAGAGCGGGCGGCGAUGGCGGUGCCGGAGGAGACGAAGAACAGCAGCAGCGACAAGCUCUUGCAAGACAUCGACUCACUCCUGGACGGGCUCGACGAAUGAUGAUGGUGAUGAUGAUGAUGAUGAUGAUGAUGAUGAUG